AUGGACGAACCAAGCCUCCAAGCACGAGAAAAGCGAGAUGCCGGCCGUGUCGCGCGUCUACGCCUUUUGGCGAUGCGCGAUGAUGAGAAUUCCCAGGCCGAUGAAAGCUCUCCAUCGGAUGGCGUACCGAAAACUCCGUCAUCCCUCUUCCCAGUCAAGGGCGGCGAAGACUCACCAUCCGCACAGCCUACGACGAGCCCCGGAACCGCGCAGCUCGAGUGCGCAGUGCCAACUCGGAACUCUCAUGGGAAAUACGAAUGCACCUGGGACGAUUGUGACAGUGAGAUCAAGGAGUUUCGGCGCCCGUCCGAAUGGAAGAAACACAUGGACAAGCAUGUCCGCCCGUACAAGUGUGACGCGGCCGAUUGCCUGAAUCUUCGUGGCUUCACGUACUACAGCGGCCUUCUCCGUCACGAAAAGGAGGUACACGGCAAAAACAUCACGGCCGGAGGCCAACACCGGUGUCCGCAUGUAGGUUGCCAUCGACACAUCGGCAAGGGGUUUUCCCGCGACGAAAACCUCAAGGUUCACCUCCGUCGGGUUCAUCGGAACAGGGAUGGGGAAGGGCCACGCACGACGUCGCGCAUCCGUACGCGGGACGACCACGUCGACGGCGACGAGGUGGAUAGUGAAGAAGAAGAGGCGCAGACGAAGAGGCGCAAGACGGUGGCCGACGAGGACGAGAUGGAGAGACUCCGCGAGCAGGUAAGACAGCUCCAAGAAGCCCUGACGGCGUCGGAAAAGAACGUGGUCAGGCUCGAAGCGAUCGAAGGAGAAUUCAAGGCGUUCGAGGCGGGCAUUCUUGAGUUGCUCGACAAGGCGCGCCGGCGGUCGAGGCCAACGGUACACGCCUGGAGGGCCAGCACGGCGCCGCAGACACCACCGCCCUCGACUCCCUAG